AAGCGGACUGUAAAAGGGCAUCGCAAGAUGACAUUACGAGAAAAAGGCGUCUCCAUUUUGAGAUAUUUUGGGUUGAAAAACUGGUGCAGAAGCACAGCUGCUGAAAAAGCGAUGAGAAGAACCAGGAGCUAAUUCCCAACCGCGACAGUUGUUGUGCUACUUGCUCAUAUCACAUGCUACCUCUCUCAAAGCAGCACCAAUCUUCAAACUAAUGGGAGAAGUUGUAUUGAGCAGUGAAGCCGGAGUUAAAGGGAUGGAAAACGACCGCCAACAGAAUAUCCCGUCUUUGCCCGCCGAGAGCCAGGCUGCGGCGGCCGGCAGCUCGUCUCUGGUCAGGUGGGAGAGGUUUCUGCCGAAAUUGGCUGUCAGAGUGCUGUUGGUGGAAGCUGAUGAUUCCACUAGGCAGAUUAUUGCUGCCCUUCUCCGGAAAUGCAGCUACAAAGUUGCGGCAGUUUCUGAUGGUUUAAAAGCAUGGGAGGUACUGAAAGCCAGAGCUGAGAACAUUGAUCUUAUUCUGACAGAAGUUGAAUUGCCAGCAAUCUCUGGAUAUGCUCUUCUUACUUUAAUUAUGGAGCACGAUAUUUGCAAAAAUAUUCCAGUGAUAAUGAUGUCUUCAUAUGAUUCAGUCAGUAUAGUUUACAAAUGCAUGUUGAGAGGCGCAGCUGAUUUUCUUGUAAAGCCUGUCAGGAAAAAUGAGCUCAGGAACUUGUGGCAGCAUGUAUGGAGGAAACAAGUUCAGUCAAGUGGUACUGGACUUGGACCUCCAGAUGAGAGCAUGGCUCAACAGAAGAUUGAAGCUACAGCUGAGAACAAUGCUACGAGUAAUCAUUCAAGUCAACAGAAAAUUGAAGCCACGGCUGAGAACAAUGCUACUAGUAAUCAUUCGAGUGGUUAUAUGGCAUGUGUUCAGAGAAAUAGGGAGUGCAUCGAGAAAGGAACUGACGCCCAGAGUUCAUGCACAAGACCGGAGCUGGAAACUGAUGGACCAGAUGUUGAGCAUGCACAUUCCCUCUUACAGCCAAAAACCAAUACAUGCUUUUCAAACAACAUAAAUAUUUUUGUGCACAAAGAAUGUCAAGAAGAAAGUAGAAGAACUAGAGCACAUGAUGAUGAGACGGGAGGGCUGCAGACUGUGGCUAGCAUAGAUGUUAAUUAUGGAACAACACGAGGACAGGACAAGAACUCUUCUUGGGAACAAGUCAACGUCACUGGUCAGGAUUCCAAGAAUAAUAAUGUCAGAGAAGCUAUUGACUUAAUUGGAGCUUUUAGUAACUGUUGUAAAGGCACUUUGGCCAGUCCUGCCUCAAAUGCUAGCACAAACAAGUUUGAUAUUUUUCCCUUGGAUCUAUCUUUGAGAAGAUCUCAUCCUAGUGGCUCAGUUAAUCAAGUAAAUGAUGAAACCCACAGGAUAAACCAUUCUGAUGCAUCAGCGUUUUCUCGGUAUGUCAACAAGCCAUUGCAGCCAAGAAACUCCACAUCUCGAAGCACCUGUAAUCAACAGAAAGACCUUGAGACCAAUUCUGAGAAACAACAAUCCAAUCAUACCCCUGAGUAUACUUCUGAUGCACACGGUUCAAGAAUAAGCUCACAGAAAUAUGCUUCUGUGACAGGGAUCCUACCAGGACGACCUGAAAUUCCGUUUUCUUACCCUCAGCUAAGAGAAACAUCUCAACCAAUUCCAGUUAGAGGUGUGAGAUUUGAAAAUGUAAUCAACGGAUUUGGUGCUGUGAUGCCUCAAAUGUAUCCUGCACAAUCUGGCCUGUCACCUGUGCCUAGUCCAGGCACAGCUAGCCACUCCCAGUCUUUCGCUUAUUUGAAUCCUUUCCAUCAAGCAGACCCUCAACCCGCAAAUUCUCAGAGUUUCCGUGACCUUCUUGAUCAAAGGAUCAGCUGUGCCAUGGAUCAGACUGAUAAUAAACAAGGCGAGAAGCAGGAAAUUGUUGAGGAUGCAGAACAUGUUUCUUUUGCCAAUGAUCAGAGUCCUAAUAGUGGUUUCUAUAAUGGUUAUACAAGCCACCAUCACAGCAUAGGUUCUGGUGACAUUGGCAAGAUUAAUGUGAUCUCAGUUGGGAAGGACUCAUCAGAUGCUGCUAGUGAAGAGGGAGCCCAUGUUCAUGAGGGUGGCUCUAGUCGGUCCAUGCAAAGAGAAGCGGCUCUAACAAAAUUCAGACUGAAGAGGAAGGAGAGAUGUUUUGAGAAGAAGGUGCGGUAUGAAAGCAGAAGGAAGCUGGCUGAGCAGCGUCCUCGUGUGAAAGGACAGUUUGUGCGUCAAAUACCUGAUGAUGCUCAACCUGCAAGCUGACGAGCUGGUUAGCUCAACAUCCUCUUAAAAUUUUAGAGAUUUUGGUGGAAAUAAUUAGAGUGAUCAAUUAGAUUGUGGCAAUUGUUAGAAAUAGAGUGAUCAGUGAACUAAGGGCUUUCCGGCUGAGGAGUGAAAAUGAUUAUAUUGCUACGAAAAAAUGGCUGGUCUGUAUAUAUCCUUCCUUUGUUUAGGCGUUUGCUACAUAGACAAGCGGCUUCGUUUCCCUUCUCCUCUUGAUGUGUAGAUAUAUGUGUUAGCUUAAUAGCCAUAUCUUAGUACAGUUAUUGCUACUGUAUUUAAUUUUUUUGUUUCAAGCUGAGUUGCAUCUGAUGAUGCCAAUAGGUCGACUUACGCCUGAUCACACAUUUGUAUUUUGGGGGAUUAAUAUUAUGACUGAGCUAUGUUAUUAAUUAUCAUUUAGUUCUGUGUAAAAA